UGACAAUUUCUGUUUCUUGUUUCAGUGAACGUCAGGCCAGUGUGUCUACCCAAUAAAGGCAUGUACUUCACUGCUCCACGGGAUUGUUAUGUCACUGGAUGGGGGUCACUGUUUAGUGGAGGAUCUUCAUCACAAACCCUACAAGAAGCCAAAAUCCAGCUAAUCGACAGAACGACUUGCAACAGCCGAGCAGUGUAUAACGGACAAAUCACAGACACCAUGAUCUGUGCUGGCAAGCUGGAGGGUGGCGUGGACUCCUGUCAGGGGGACAGUGGGGGUCCUCUGGUCACAAAAGAGAAUUCUCUAUGGUGGCUGGUUGGGGACACUAGCUGGGGUGUUGGAUGUGCUUUCAGAAACAAGCCCGUGACCUACUUCCUUGACUGGAUACAUGAACAAAUGCGGAAAUAUUAACUUUUUAAUAUAAAGGUUUUUGAGAAGAGCAACUGAUCCAAAUCGCUGACUCUCAGGAACUUGUGACAGUGUCCAUUUAUUUUUUUGCUUUCAUAUAAAAGUUUUCGCAUAUAUCUAAAAUAAUGUUAGUGUUAGUAAUGAAGUGAAUUGCACAUUAUGCUACAAUAUGCACUUUUCUGUCUUUUUUGUUGUAUGUUUUGUAUAGAGCAUAACUGUACAAAUUAUUUUAUAUAUAUAUA